UUUUUCUUCUCCGGCGAACAAAACCAAAAUUCCCUCCCCUCACCGUUAUCAAUUUCCACAGUCACAUACAACCUACAUCCCCAUUCCCUUCGUCACCUCCGUCCGAUCAAACCUCAUCGUCUGCCAUUAACAACCAUCAACCACCUCUUUCCUCAUCACUGCUAACUACCAUAUCCACCACCGUCAGCGACCAUCCAAGCAAUCACCCUAGUCACCUCUAAUUACCUAAUCAAUAAUCACCAUACCCAUCGUCAUCCACCAUCCAUCACCGUCGAUUACCUACCUACCUCUUUGUUACACCGUCGGCCGACCUCCGACUGACCUCAAUCGAUCUCCGAUUCCAAUUAACAAACAAAGUUUUAUAAUUUAUCUAUUUCUCAACAUCAAGUGACUCCAGGAUGUCUGGUGAAGGAUCUAGUCACGCCGCGUCAAAGAAAAGAAAGAGAAUACGGGAACAAAUUCGGUAUAAUGGGCCAGAAAAUCGUCCAAUGCCGGAAACACCAAUCGUUCCGUUAGAUCAGAGAGUGUUAUGGGAUUAUACACUGUUAGAUUUUGAAAUCGGAACAAUAGAGUCACUGCGGAUGGAUAAGUUCUGUAAGAUGCAAUUAUACAAACACAGAACGUUUAAUCGGGAAAUGUUAGAGGCGAUGGGGCAAAGACAAAGGAUGGAGGAGUUUCUUGGUCCGAAAUGGUUAGAUGUGCUCAGAUGCGCUGAUCCACAGUACAUUGAGCUGACAAUAGAGUUUCAUUCCACUUUUAUAUACAAUGCAGAUAGAAAUGUCGAGCCGUACACUUUGUCAUUCAGCUUAGGUAGGCAGCAUUACGUGUGGAGCACGGAACAAUUUUCACGUGCAGUUGGGUUUUAUGUUCAAGGUGAGCUAUUUCAGAAUGCGUUACGAGGUGCGUGCAAAAAGGAGGAUUAUCAAACAGAAUAUGUACUUGAGUCCGAGUUGGCGCUAUUUUGGAACACUAUCGCGGAUAAUGUAUAGUCGGGUGAGGCGAUAGAAUCGCCGAUUCGAGAUCCGUUUCUUAGAUAUGUUCAUCGGAUCUUAGCAUACACAUUAUUGGCGAGAAAAGUGGAACGGAGAUAGUAAACAUUAUGGAUCUCUUCUGUCUAUACUGUUUGGUAAAUAAAAAGGAAGAAAACUUGGGUACGAUUUUGUUGCCGCAGUUUGCGAAGGGAAAAAGGCAAGGCGCAGAGGCAAAGUUGGAAUUGGGAACGUAUGUUACUCGGAUUACAAUGGCGAAUGAUGUGUUUGAGAGAUAUCUCGAGCCACAUCUAACAGUGGGACCGGCUACUGAGCCGUUUGAUGUGGAUAGUUUGAAGCUGACAGGUGUUGUUGAGAUAGAUGAGCCGAUUAGAUGGAAGACGGUGAAGAUGUCACCGCAAGUAUUACCACCAGGGGGAACGCCUGCGGCUGAGGCCAUGCAGGCAGGGCAUCGUACGAGACGACAAGUUGUUGUUCUCCGACUCGAGAGACCGAGAUCACAGCAUCCAUUGAGGCCACCGCGACCUGAUCUAUUGACGUUAGAGAUGGUUUAUGAUACUUUGAUUGAUGGUAUUGCUAUACAGUCGAACAUGAUGAGAUACAUGCUGGAGCAGCAGCAUAUUGCCGUACCGGAUUGGUUUCCGCCACACCAACCGGUACAGCCGAGUGGUGGUGAUGAGCAUAUGCAGGACCCGCAUGAUGAGGGGUCAGAUGAGGAGUAGAUAGUGUUAGAAGCAUCAGCCGCCGGAAGUUUUGGGUUAAUGUUUAUUUUUCCCUUUAUUUUGUUUUUAUCUUGAUGAUAUGGUCUGUACUUAAUUCUGAUGAUAACAUUUGUGGGAAAAUUGUAAGGGUAAACCGGUUGGGCUAU